UCACUGUGCAGCGUGCGAUUUCGCAGCGUCACCUGCCCCUGUUUGAAUGAGACGGGGAGCGAGGCCUUGACAGGCGGCACCUCCCGGAACAAUCAGCGCUAUACACAGCACCGCCCGCCAUGCCGCUAUACACAGUAAAUGUCAAAUGGGGGAAGGAGAAAUUUGACAAUGUGGAGCUGAACACAGACGAGCCUCCUAUGGUGUUCAAAGCCCAACUUUUUGCCUUGACUGGGGUGCAACCAGAUAGACAGAAAGUCAUGGUGAAAGGAGGGACUUUAAAGGAUGAUGAGUGGGGAAAUAUCAAAUUGAAAAAUGGAAUGAGUUUGUUGAUGAUGGGUUCCGCAGAGGCUCUCCCAGAAGAACCAGCAGUGAGGCCUGUCUUUGUAGAAGACAUGACUGAGGAGCAGCUGGCUUCUGCUAUGGAACUACCUUGUGGAUUAACUAACCUUGGGAACACUUGUUAUAUGAAUGCUACUGUUCAGUGUAUACGUUCUGUGCCUGAGCUAAAAGAAGCACUUAAGAGGUAUGACAGAUAUGCAGGUACAUUGAGACCUUCAAGUGAAAUGGCAUCGGCUCAGUAUAUAACUGCAGCACUUAGAGAUUUGUUUGAGUCAAUGGAUAAAACCUCUUCCAGUAUCCCGCCAAUCAUUCUCCUCCAGUUCCUUCACAUGGCCUUUCCUCAGUUUGCAGAAAAGGGGGAACAGGGACAGUAUCUUCAGCAGGAUGCAAAUGAAUGUUGGGGCCAGGUAAUGAGGAUGCUGCAGCAUAAGCUAGAACCUAUAGAAGGAGAUGCUGAUAUGGAGACUGAUUCGGGAGCAGCGGCAGCAGUAGCAGCAGCAGCAACCGCCUCAAAGAAAAAAAGCUUUAUUGACCAGUUUUUUGGGAUAGAAUUUGAGACAACCAUGAAAUGUAUUGAAUCUGAAGAGGAGGAUGUCACAAAAAGUAAAGAAAAACAACUUCAGCUCAGCUGCUUUAUCAACCAAGAAGUUAAAUAUCUGUUUACAGGACUCAAGCAGCGCCUUCAAGAUGAAAUCACCAAACAUUCACCAUCAUUGCAAAGAGAUGCUUUAUACAUCAAAACUUCUAGGAUCAGUCGUUUACCUGCUUAUCUGGCAAUCCAGAUGGUCCGAUUCUUUUACAAAGAGAAGGAGUCUGUGAAUGCCAAAGUUCUCAAGGAUGUAAAGUUUCCCCUCAUGCUGGAUAUAUAUGAAUUGUGUACUCCGGAGCUCCAAGAAAAGAUGGUCCCUUAUCGGUCCAAGUUUAAAGACUUGGAAGAUAAAGUAUCUGGACAGCUACCAAAAUCAAAACAAGUGACACAAAAAGAAGUUAAGUUUGAACCAUUUGCUUUUCCAGAUGAUGUUGGUUCUAAUAAUUGCGGUUAUUAUGAGCUGCAGGCAGUUCUUACACAUCAAGGAAGAUCUAGUUCUUCAGGACACUAUGUUUCUUGGGUUAAGAGAAAUCAAGAUGAGUGGAUUAAAUUUGAUGACGACAAAGUAAGCAUUGUGUCUCCUGAGGACAUUCUGAGGCUAUCUGGUGGUGGAGACUGGCACAUAGCUUACGUUCUUCUCUACGGACCUCGACAAAUUGAAGUCCAGGAUGCGGAAAUAGAACAAUAAUGACAUUUUGCCAUUGUAGUCAUAUUUUUUUUUGCCUAGGUGUUCAAUAAAUGUUUCCUAUAUAGGAUUGCUUUUGUUUCCAUUUGCCCAUCUCCUUUUGCUCCCUCAUAGAGACAGAAUUGUGAGUUCUUCAACCCAAUUCACUUUACAAAAACAAAUGUAAUGCUUUUCAAUGAGCCACGUUAUGUUCCAGCAACUUUGCUGCUGUUAAUGAGGAUAUUUUUGAAAGCAAUUUGUAUUCUUACAAAGUCUUAAUAUAAGUCAAAUUUUUAACUGUAGAUUUGAAAUCUUAAAAUGCCCAUGUGGCCAUCAACUGUCCAAAGUUAUUAAUUUUUUUUUUUUUUUUUUUAAUUAAUACAUUUUGGGAGAUUAAAAACAAAAGUAUUUAUUGCACACCUAACUCAUUCAUUGUUACAGUUGCAUGGUCUAUACCACAGUACUUGCCAUCCUUGCCUUAUCCGACAUUAAGGGGGAGGGAUUAAUGUUGCCUCAUUGUGAGAGUGCUACUGCUGCCGUUGCACAUUUUUGGGCCACAAUCACGUGUUUCCAGCCUUGAGCUGAUUUUUUUUUACAUUUUUUUUUGGUUCAAGCUGUUGCUGGCAUCUCGUGAUUUCAAAAUAAAAUUGUGAUCAAUCUU